AUCAGCUCUCCCCUUCCUUAGCAAAGAAGUAUAGCUAAGCCACCAGUGUAUAAAGAGAGUGUCAGUGCCAUUGCCACCACACCAGAGCUGAGUACGUACCGGCAAUGACGGUCCAGAUGAGACGGGGCGGCGCGACGUGCUUAAGCUUGGUCCAGGUGGUGGCGGUGGUCUCCUACGUGGUGGUGCUAAUGGCGUCGGCGGGCGUGCGCGCGCAGCUGCGGGUGGGGUUCUACGACAGCUCGUGCCCGGCGGCGGAGAUCAUCGUGCAGCAGGAGGUGAGCAAGGCGGUGACCGCGAACCCGGGCCUCGCAGCGGGCCUCCUCCGUCUCCACUUCCACGACUGCUUCGUCGGCGGCUGCGAGGCGUCGGUGCUGGUCGACUCCACCAAGGGCAACACGGCGGAGAAGGACGCCGGGCCCAACACGAGCCUGCGGGGGUUCGAGGUCAUCGACCGGAUCAAGGCCCGGGUGGAGCAGGCCUGCUUCGGCGUCGUCUCCUGCGCCGACAUCCUCGCCUUCGCCGCCAGGGACAGCGUCGCGCUGACCGGCGGGAACGCAUACCAGGUGCCGGCGGGGCGGAGGGACGGGGGCGUGUCGCGGGCGCAGGACACGGGCGGCAACCUGCCGCCCCCGAGCCCCAACGUGAACCAGCUCACCAAGAUCUUCGCCUCCAAGGGGCUCAACCAGAAGGACCUGGUGACGCUGUCCGGGGCGCACACCAUCGGCGGCUCGCACUGCAGCUCCUUCAGCAGCCGCCUGCAGACGCCGUCCCCGACGGCGCAGGACCCGACCAUGGACCCCGGCUACGUGGCGCAGCUGGCGCAGCAGUGCGGCGCGUCCUCCUCGCCGGGCCCGCUCGUGCCCAUGGACGCCGUCACCCCCAACUCCUUCGACGAAGGGUUCUACAAGGGCAUCAUGUCCAACCGGGGCCUGCUCGCCUCCGACCAGGCGCUGCUCAGCGACGGGAACACCGCCGUGCAGGUGGUCUCCUACGCCAACGACCCGGCCACCUUCCAGAGCGACUUCGCCGCUGCCAUGGUCAAGAUGGGCUACGUCGGCGUGCUCACCGGCAGCAGCGGCAAGAUCAGGGCCAACUGCCGAGUCGUAUGAUCGGUCCAUCCAUGGCGCCGUGCAUCAAGGGUCAUCUUUCUCAUUUGGUGGAGUGGCGAUGGAUUAAUUUGGAUUGGAGGUGCACCCGGGGUAGCAUUUAGCCUUCUUAUUUGACCAUGCGCGCGCGUAGUAUAUGUGUAUUGGCCACCUAUUCUUUUGCUCAUUGAUCGAUCUGUAUUGAUUCUUUUCGGCUGAGGUGUCUCUGUGUGUGUGUGUGUCUUUUGAGGAAAUUGUAACUAGCUAGUACCAGCUUUGUGAGUGUUCGUGUGCCACAUUGAUGAUACUAAAUAAAUAAAAAUGCAAUGCUAAUUACUUCGUCCGUUGUGA